AUGCAAUUUCCUAAGCUAUUCGUCUCUGUGCUUCCUCUAUUAUCCCUUGUCAAUUCAAUUCCUGUCGAGGGUAUUACGAAAAGGGCAAAUAAAGUCUAUGGCGUUGAGUUCAGUGUUAACAGGACUCUGGACCUGUCUUUGUCUAAGAGAGCAGGCUCACCUUUGCCAGAUGAUAUUACUGGAGAAGGUACUUAUUACAAAGCAUAUUUCUUAUUUGGAUCCGAAAAACUGAAAAUAGGUGUCACUAUUGAUACUGGGUCUUCCGAUUUAUGGGUACCAAAUACGAACGCAUCGACUGGGCAACAGUAUGGAGUAUAUGAUCCUUCAGGAUCUUCCACUUUUAAGGACACCGGCUACCCUUUUAAAAUUACUUAUGCUGAUGGGACGGCUUCAACUGGUGAAUAUGUGACUGAUUCAUUGGCAUUUGCCGAUGGUUCUGGCGCUAUUUCCAACUUUCAAUUUGGAAGUGUUGGUGACACGACUGUUAGCACCGGAGGGGUUCUUGGUCUUUCCGUCAAGGGUCUCGAACAAGUAGGAAGCAGCCCUCAGUAUAACAACUUACCCCUUGCGUUACAAUCCGCAGGAUUGAUUAGCCACGCAUCGUAUUCCGUGUACUUCAGUAGUGCAGAAGCAACUUCCGGUACACUUCUUUUUGGUGGAAUGGACUCAUCAAAGUAUGAUGGCAAUACUAUGGCACCUUUCACCUUCAGCGGAAACGCAGUAACCGUUCCAUUGGACAAAUUUUCAAUAAAUGGAACAUCCACAAGCGUAUCUUCCGCCAUGAUAUUAGAUACUGGUUCCACAUACUCCUUUUUACCUACGGAUGCUCACAGUGCUCUAGUUAAACAACUAGGUGGAGAUGGAUCAGUCACAAAUGGUUACAGUAUUGUCAACUGCAAUCCUACUGGAAACCUUUCCUAUACAUUCACAUCUAGUUGGCCAGAUACCACCCUCACCAUAGAUAUUCCACUUUCAGAACUUGUUAAAGGAGAGACAGAAAAUUGUUACUUGACGACGAAGCCAGGCAUGAGCAUAUUAGGAGAUGACUUCUUAAGGCACGUAUAUUUAGGAGUGAAUAUCGAAUCGAGUUACGUCUGGCUUGCAAAACCACUCUAUAAUACAACUCCCGCAAUUACUUCAUUUGUUCUUUGGGGAAUUGUUUUUAAAUCUUAG